CGAGAUGUUUAGAAGCGGUACGCGAGCUCCGUGUUCCGAUGGUGUAGUGACAGAGCCUAGCCUGGAGUUCCUCUGCGCCGAUGGUGAAGAGCAGCUGCGGCGGAGACGGGCGGAGAAGAAGCCGCAGAAGGCUGGGGACUGCUAAUUUGGAAUCUGCCCCUUUGAUGAAUUCACUUUAAGUUAAUUUCCGGGUUUGAUAAACCUAGAGGAGGAGGAAGGGGGGGUGGGGGGAUAGGAAAGAUGGCGGCCGCGGCCUCACCGGGCUCGGGCUCGUCCGCCUCCUCGGACUGGAUUGUAGUGAGAGACGGGUGCCUGCGUUGCGACGAGGAGGGCCUGCGAAGUCUGUCCUACCACCCGGCCCUCAACGCUAUCUUAGCCGUUACCAGCCAGGGGAGCAUUAAGGUGAUCGACGGGACUUCGGGGGCCAUUCUCCAGGCUUCAGCGCUUCACGCUAAACCAGGCGGCCGGGUCAGGUGCCAGUACUUUCCUGCUGUCGACAAAGUGCUUUUUGUGGACGACUACGCCGUAGGGUGCAGGAAGGACUUGAACGGCAUUCUGCUCCUGGACACGGCCCUACAGCCACCAGUCGCCAAGCCGGAGGACACGGUUCAGCUGGAGCUGCCGGUCACCGAGGCCCAGCAGAUGCUGUCGGCUUGUCAGGAGAAGAUCGAUGUGUCCAGCACUGAGGGCUACGAGCAGUUUAUCAGCCAGCUUAAAGAGGGGCUGAAGAACACGUCACAUGAGACGGCGGCCAAUCACAAAGUAGCCAAGUGGGCUACUGUCACCUUCCACCUCCCUCACCAUGUGCUAAAGCUUGUGGCCGGCGCCAUUGUCAGCGAGCUGAAGAAGAUCAACCAGAACGUAGCUGCCUUGUCUGUAGCCUCCUCCAUCAUGGACAGGCUCUCCUACCUCCUGUCCAGCGCCAGGCCGGAGCUGGGGGUGGGCCCUGGUCGCUCUGUGGACAGAUCCCUGAUGUACAGUGAGGCUAACAGGCGGGAGACGUUUACAUCGUGGCCACAUGCCGGCUACCGAUGGGCUCAGCCUGACCCCAUGGCUCAAGCUGGGUUCUAUCACCAGCCUGCCUCCACUGGGGAUGACAGGGCGAUGUGUUUCACCUGCAGCGUGUGCCUGGUCUGUUGGGAACCUACGGAUGAGCCAUGGUCUGAACACGAGAGACAUUCUCCCAACUGCCCCUUUGUGAAGGGCGAGCACACGCAGAACGUCCCUCUGUCGGUCACGCUGGCCACCAGCCCUGCUCAGUUCCCCAACGGUCCUGACAGCUCGGACAAAAUCGCCUGCUACGGCUUCGGCAGCUGCCCGCAGUUUGUGGCCGCCGCCACCAGGAGGGGCAAGAUCUGUAUCUGGGAUGUGUCCAAAAUGAUGAAGGUGCACCUGAAGUUUGACGUGAAUCCGUACGAUCCAGCCAUCCUCCGGCAGCUGAUCCUGAGCGGCGGCGAGCCGGGCCAGCAGCCGCUGACCGAGUCCAGAAGGCCGACUCUCACCUGGCUGGAGGAGUCCUCUUCCUGCUCUGACCUACCCAAGCUGGAGGGAGACAGUGACGACCAGCUGGAGGACUCUGACAGCGAGGAGCCUUCACGCUCCGAGUCCAUAACUGGUCAGCCUUCCCAGUGGGAGAGCAUGGACCUGAGCCUCAGCGUGACGGCGCUCAGCGUGCUGCAGCAGCCGGAGAAGCUUCAGUGGGAAGUGGUUGCCAGUGUCCUGGAGGACACCGUCAAAGACUUGGAGGAGCUGGGAGCCAACCCCUCCUUAAACCAAACCAAGGCACACAGCCAUGCCAAACCAAAAGACAAGGUGCCUGACCACCACAACAUUCCCUUUCCCUGCUUGCUAGCGGGAGGCCUGCUCAGCUACCGCUCAGCCUCCAUCACCCCCGCGGCCGCCGCCCCACCGGCCUCCACAUCGACACGCAGGACCACCGACGGCCCGCUAAGGACUCAGGCUGCUGAGCCGCUGGCUGCACCUCCACAGGAACACGGUCCAAUGGAGAUAGAUCCCUGCCACCCCCAGACUGGUGCCCAUGAGCAAGGCUUCUCUAACUUGGCUGGUUCUAAGCUGCUGAGUCCCUCCUCUCUGCCUGCCGUGCGCAGGACCGUCCCUGUGCUGCUGCUCUAUAGCAUUAGAGAGGUUGAUGACAAAUCCUCCGGGCAGGUGUUUGCUCAGAUGAACAGUUUGAUGAGCAAAGGUCUCCAGGAGGAAGGCUUCACUGUGCCACAGAUAAUUGAGAUGGAGUUCGAUACCCACGAGCAGCUGCUUCUUCAGGAUCCUCCCAUCACUUACAUUCAGCAGUUCGCCGACGCCACUAAUCUGAGCGGGAUAGACGGACACGAUAAAUGGAGCACGUUGGCAGCGGCGUCCAACCCCCCCCGCCCCGGAACGCUGGUGCAGUGCUUAAGGCUGCCCAAGCAGCUGGAAGAGGAGAGCCUGUUUGUGGACUCCAUCACGCCGUGCUGGGACGGCGUCCACCUGCUGGUGGGGCUGAAGCCUUGCAGCUUGGAGUCGCUCAGCGCCUCCAACCAAGUGGAGGCUCUGAACAACCUGAACCGCCUCCACUCAGCGCUCUGCAGCCAGCGAGAGGCAGACCCCCUCCGCCCGCUGGCCAAUGGGAUGGAAGGCCAUCACCCAGGGGGGUCCCCGCCUCAGACCCCCUUCAUUGUACCCCCAGGAAACCAGCAGCAGGAGAGGGCCCAGAGCCGUGGGGGGGGAGGGGGCUACCUCGCUCUGUACAAGUUCAACUACUCCACCCGCAUCGUCACCCUGGAAGAGGAGCCGGUUAAAGUCCAGCACAUCUGGGACCCCUGCGAUGCCAUAACCUCCCUGAUCCUGCUUCCCCCAGAUGUGCUGGACAGCAGAGAAGAUGAGAGCGAAGAAACCCCAGAAGAAGCUCUGCUCUCCGCUUCCAAGAACGGUUUGUCCGAGCCGGGAGUCAAGACCGCAUGUGAAGCGGCGCCAACCGGCAGCGCCGGUAACGUCUCCAGUCCCUCCACCUCUGCCUACGCCCACAGAGACUGCAAGAAGGCAGAGAUGGCGGGCCUAGGACACCUGGUGGUCACCACGCAGGCCGGCUUCAUCAUGAUUUUGGACCUGUCCACCUUGGAGGUUCUGGCCAAAGUGGAACCACCCAAAAAAGAGGGGUUAACCGAGGAGGCUGACCCGUUUGUCUCAGUGACCUACUGCUCUGGGACGGACCGCCUUUGUGCCUGCACUAAAGGUGGUGAACUUCAUUUCCUUCAAAUUGGAGGGGUUUGUGAGGAUGCAGAUGACGGAGAUAUGUUUAUAGAUGGAACCCUUUCUAAAGGGGGGGAGCCGCUGCUGGAGAGGGCCAAGCCCUCCUCCAACCCAUCCAGCCCUGGAAUCACAGGAGUGGAGCUCCUCGUGGACCAACCUCUGACCACGGAGAGUCUGGCGUCGCUGAUGGAGCUGACACGGUUCGAGACGCUGACACCGCGCUUCUCGGCCACCGUCCCGCCGUGCUGGGUGGAGGUGCAGCAGGAGCAGCAGCAGCGGCGCCAUCCGCAGCACCUCCAUCAGCAGCAUCAUGGAGAUGCAGCCCAGCACACCCGCACCUGGAAGCUGCAGAGCUACAGCUCUAGCUGGGAUGAGCACGUAUUUGAGCUGGUGCUGCCCAAAGCCUGCAUGGUGGGCCACGUGGACUUCAAGUUCGUCCUGAACGCCAAUAUUGUCAACAUUCCUCAGAUCCAAGUCACUUUAUUGAAAAACAAAGCUCCAGGCCUGGGCAAAGUCAGCGACACGGCAGUGGACAGACAGAUCAGUUUCCCUCUCUCUAACCUUCUCCAUGCCAACGGGGAGAAGAACAGCCAGCCUCUUCUCCAGGACUUCUCAGAAGACAUCCACUUCAUGGAUAUCGAGGAAUCCCCAGGCUCCGUACUGUGUCCGUUCCUUGAGGACCAUAAAGAGGACAUUUUGUGCGGCCCUGUGUGGUUGGCCAGUGGAUUGGAUCUUUCCGGACACUCGGGCAUGCUGAGCCUCACCAGCCCCAAACUGGUCAGAGGAAUGGCGGGAGGGAAGUACCGCUCCUUUCUGGUCCACAUCAAAGCAGUGAGCGACAGCGGCAUGGAGGAGAGCCCGAGGCCCGUGCUCAGGAUGCCCAGCGCCAAGCCUCAGAGCUCCAAGGCUCACACGCUGUCCUCCCUGCUGCAGCAGAGCCAGGCCUCCAAGGAGAGGGCUGCUUCAGGAAAAACCGAGGGUGCAGCCCAGUCCAAGAAGGUGGAGAACCUGCGAGGCUGCGACCUGCUGCAGGAAGUGUCCGUCACAAUCAGGAAGUUCAAGAAGACUUCGCUUCCAAAAGAAAGGGUCCAGCGCUGCGCCAUGCUGCAGUUCCCAGACUUUCAUGAGAAGCUGCUGGACGCACUGUGUCACCAGAUGGAGGGCGGUCCGACCGAUGAGCACGCACAGAGCCUCAUUCUCGACAUUCUGUGCUGGCUGGCCGGAGUUUUCUCCAACGGACCCUGCAGUAUUAGGGAAGGGAAGGAGGGUCUCCUGGCCAAAACCAGGGUGAGGUUAACGGACAUCGUGCGUGUCUGUUUCUUUGAGGCGGGCCGCAGCAUAGCACACAAAUGUGCUCGCUUUCUUGCACUUUGCAUCAGCAACGGGAAAGGAGAGCCAAGCCAGCAGGGAUUUGGCCUGAGCCUCCUGAAGGCCCUUCUGGAUAACAUAUCGUAUUUGCCUGCAGCAGCGACCGGCGGCUCGGUGUUCUGGUACUUUGUGUUGCUGAACUACGUGAAGGAGGAAGACCUGGCAGGAUGCAGCACAGCAUGCGCCUCCCUGCUCACCACCAUCUCCAGACAGCUGCAGGACCGCCUCACCCCGCUGGAGGCUCUGCUGCAGACCAGGUACGGCCUGUACAGCUCUCCGUUUGACCCGGUGCUUUUUGACCUGGAGGUCAGCGGCUCCUCCUGUAAGAACGCCUUCAACAGCAGCAUUGGAGUCCAGUCCGAUGAGAUCGACCUCUCCGAGAUCCUCUCAGGGAAUGGAAAGGUGAGCAGUUCAGCUGCAGCAGAGGGGAGCUUCACGGCGCUGACUGGACUCCUGGAGGUGGAGCCUUUGCACUUUACCUGUAUAUCCACCAGCGACGGCACACGGGUGGAGCGAGACGACGCCAGCAUGUUCACUGUGAGUACAUUUGGCGUGACCCCGACAGUGGGCGGCCUGUCAACGGGGACGGUGGGAGAAGCUUCAACAGCUCUGAGCUCUGCAGCUCAGGUGGCCCUGCAGUCGCUGUCCCACGCCAUGGUGUCUGCCGAGCAGCAACUGCAGGUGCUACAGGAGAAACAGCUGCAGCUGCUGAAGCUGCAGCAACAGAAAGCAAAGCUGGAGGCCAAGCUUCAUCAGACCACGUCUGCAGCUGCCGCCGUGGCGUCUGGAGUCGGACCCAUCCAUAACUCGGUGCCUUCAAACUCGUCCGCUCCGGGCUUCUUCAUCCAUCCCUCAGAUGUCAUCCCACCUACGCCUAAAACCACGCCUCUCUUCAUGACCCCGCCUCUCACCCCGCCCAACGAGGCGGUGUCUGCAGCCUUCAGUGCAGAGCUGGCUCACCUGUUCCCAGGCUCCAUGAUGGAGCAGGGCCCCGUCAACAUGGCUGCACACAAGAACACGCAGAAAACCAAACAGAGCCCAAUGGGCAGCGGUUUGGCUCUGGCUAUCUCUCAGGCAUCUCACUUCCUGCAGCCUCCUCCACACCAGUCCAUAAUCAUCGAGCGAAUGCACUCUGGAGCUCGGCGCUUCGUCACCCUUGACUUCGGCCGUCCCGUUCUGCUGACCGAUGCCCUGAUCCCGACCUGUGGGGACCUAGCCUCUCUGUCCAUAGACAUCUGGACGCUGGGCGAGGAGGUGGACGGUCGCAGGCUGGUUGUGGCCUCAGACAUCAGCACCCACUCACUGAUUCUUCACGACCUUCUGCCACCACCGGUCUGUAGGUUCAUGAAGAUCACAGUCAUCGGACGCUACGGCAGCACCAGCGCGCGAGCCAAGAUCCCGUUAGGGUUCUUCUACGGCCACACAUACAUCCUACCCUGGGAGAGCGAGCUGAAACUGAUGCAUGAUCCGCUGCGGGGAGAAAGUGAGGCAGCCAGUCAGCCUGACGUGGAUCAGCAUCUGACCAUGAUGGUAGCUCUGCAGGAGGACAUCCAGUGCAGGUACAACCUAGCUUGCCAUCGGCUGGAAACCCUUCUUCACAACAUCGACCUUCCGCCUCUGAACAGCGCCAACAACGCUCAGUACUUCCUAAGAAAACCAGACAAGGUGGUGGAAGAGGACCAGCGGGUUUUCUCCGCCUACCAGGACUGCAUCCAGCUGCAGCUGCAGCUUAACCUGGCCCACCACGCCGUCCAGAGGCUGCGGGUGUCGUUGGGGGCCAGCCGGAAGUGUCUGCCCAAAGCUGGGGACCCUCAGGGGCUCGUUCACGUUUCCUCCACCGAGCAGCUCAGGACAAUCAUCCGCUACCUGCUGGACACCCUGCUCAGCCUUCUGCAUUCCAAUAACGGACACUGUGUCCCCUCGGUGCUCCAGAAUACCUUCCACGCCCAAGCCUGUGAGGAGCUGUUUAAACAUCUCUGCAUCAGCGGGACGCCCAAAAUUCGCCUCCAUGCCGGCCUGCUGCUGGUGCAGCUAUGUGGGGGCGAACCCUGGUGGGGGCAGUUCCUCUCUAACGUCCUGCAGGAGCUCUACAACUCUGAGCAGCUGCUUAUUUUCCCCCAGGACAGAGUGUUCAUGCUGCUGUCCUGCAUCGGCCAAAGAUCCCUGAGCAACAGCGGCGUGUUGGAGGGGCUCCUGAACCUGUUGGACAGCCUGCUGUCCCCUCUGCAGCGACCGCAGGCUGCCUCUCAGCGCAGGGCUGAAGGUAAAGCAGGUAAAGCACCCGCAGAGCUGCCGUCCCCCUUCAGGUGCACCUCAGGUACGAGGACCAUGUCUGUGUUCCCUCCAGGUAUCCUAGACAUCCCCAUGAUAAGCUGGGUGGUGAUGCUGGUGUCCAGGCUCUUGGACUAUGUUGCCAACAUCGAGGACGAGGCGUCAGCGGCCAAGAAGAACCUGGGCGGGAAGGAGCGGGACCGGCCUGCUACGGUGACUCAGUGGAGCUUUAUUAACAACACUCUGCAGUCCCAGAACUCCAGCCGGGCGGCGAAAGGCAGCAGCAGCCUGGACCGGCUCUAUUCCCGGAAGCUCCGCAAGCAGCUGGUUCAUCACAAGCAGCAGUUGAAUCUAUUGAAAGCAAAACAGAAAGCUUUGUUUGAGCAGAUAGAGAAGGAGAAAAUCCAGAGCAACAAAGGUUCCUCCUACAAACUCCUAGUAGAACAGGCCAAACUCAAACAAGCCACCUCUAAGCACUUUAAAGACCUGAUCCGUCUGAGGCGGACGGCCGAAUGGCCUCGCUCUACUCUGGACGCAGAGUCCACCGCAGCCAAAGACGCCCCUGAGGUGGAGCCGCUGCCCUUCACUCUGUCCCACGAGCGCUGCAUCUCUGUGGUGCAGAAGCUGGCCCUCUUCCUGCUCUCCAUGGACUUCACCUGCCACGCCGACCUGCUGCUGUUCGUCUGCAAGGUUCUGGCCCGAAUAGCCAACGCCACCAGACCCACGAUCCAUCUGUGUGAGGUGGUGUCCGAGCAGCAGCUGGAGCGCCUGCUGCUGCUGCUUGUAGGGACGGACUUCAACCGAGGGGACAUCUCCUGGGGAGGGGCCUGGGCGCAGUACUCGCUCACAUGCAUGCUGCAGGACAUCCUGGCAGGUGAGCUGACGUCUCCAGGCUCUCUGGACGCCAUGGACGAGGCCGUGGGCGAGGAGGCGGGAGCGUCGUGUUCCUCGGCCGUAGCAGACUCGGACGACUCACUGGCCCAGCCCCCACCCAUCCCCCUGGUGGAGACCAUGGAUGACGCUCUGGUUCCAGACAUGAUGGCGGGGGCUCCAGGCGGCUCUGCUGCUUUCCAGAGUGCUCCUCCUCUAUCAUCUUUGGAAAAAGAUAAAGACAUAGACUUUGACUUGCUACAAGACCUGAUGGAUGUUGAUAUUGAUCCUUUAGAUAUUGAUUUGGAAAAAGAUCCGCUCGCCGCCAAAGUCUUUAAGCCUAUCAGCAGUACCUGGUAUGACUACUGGGGUGCUGACUAUGGGACCUACGGGUACAAUCCUUACAUCGGGGGCGUUGGGAUUCCAGUAUCCAAGCCUUCCGCUGCGCCUGAGAAGCCUCCCUCCCAGUGCGUGUCGGUGUCCGUAUCUCAAGCGCUGGACGCCCGGCUCGAAGUAGGCCUGGAGCAGCAGGCCGAGCUGAUGCUGAAGAUGAUGGCGACCCUGCAGGCCGACUCCAUCCUGCAGGCGCUCAGUUCCAGUUCGUCAGCAGUCACCCAGGCCUCCAACGGUACCGAUGACUCCCUGCUCCGAGCGUUCCAUGGCGGCGGCCCGGCGGUCCAGCCCUCAUCCAUUCCCAUUCUGAGUGCCUGCUUCAACAAGCUGUUCUCCAUGCUGCAGGUCCACCACGUGCAGCUGGAGUCCCUGCUUCAGCUUUGGCUCACCCUUAGCCUCAACACCAGCUCCGCUGGUGGCGAAGACGGCGGCUCAGACGUCUUCCUGUUCAACGCCAGCAGAGUUCCCACCAUUCCUCUAAACCAAGCCUCCAUCAGCAGCUUCAUAUCCGUGCUGGCCUGGUACCCCAGCGCCUCCCUGAGGACCUGGUGCCUGGUGCUCCACUCACUCACGCUGAUGACCAACAUGCCGCCCUCCGCCUCCGGCGGAGCCGCCAACCCUCAGGACAGCACGGCGCAGCAGAUGGUGUCCGACCCCACCCUGGUUCACGUGCUGCUGCGCUUCCUGUCCAGCAGCAGCACCAACGGCACCAGCCAGCACAGCUCCCAGGUGGGGCCUACCGCCACCCAGGCCAUGCACGAGUUCCUGAGCCGCCUGCAGGUCCACCUGUCCUCCACCUGUCCCCAGAUGUUCAGCGAGUUCCUGCUGAAGCUCAUCCACAUCCUGUCCACCGAGAGGGGGCCGUUCCAGGCGGGUCAGGGUCCUCUGGACGCCCAGGUCAAGCUGCUAGAGUUCACGCUGGAGCAGAACUUCGAGGUGGUGUCUGUGGCCACCAUCUCCUCCGUCAUGGAGUCCAUCACCUUCCUGGUUCACCACUACAUAACCUGCUCUGACAAGGUGGUGUCCCGCAGCGGCUCGGAAAGCUCGGUGGGUGCCAAGGCCUGCUUCGGCGGCCUCUUCGCCAACAUCAUCCGGCCCGGCGACGCCAAGGCCGUCUGUGGAGAAACCACGCGAGACCAGCUCAUGUUCAACCUGCUCAAGCUGGUCAACGCGCUGGUGCAGCUCCCUCUCUCUGGGGACAGGGAGUUCAGCGGACGCCUGCCACCAGCCGGCGGUGGCGCUGCUGACAGCAGCGUGUCGGACGAAGAGAAGGUCUGCGGCAGCAAAGAGAGCACGGCGUCCAGCCAGGGUCCUCCCGCCGGUGUGGCCGACCUGGUGCUGGCCAAUCAGCAGAUAAUGAGCCAGAUCCUGUCGGCGUUGGGCCAGUGCAACAGCAGCGCCAUGGCAAUGAUCAUCGGUGCCAGCGGCCUCCAUCUCACCAAGCACGAGAACUUCCACGGCGGCCUGGAUGCCAUCUCCGUGGGAGAUGGCCUCUUCACCAUCCUCACCACCCUGAGCAAGAGGGCCAGCUCCGUCCAGGUCAUGCUGCAGCCCAUUCUCACCUACAUGGCCUGCGGCUACAUGGGCAGACAGGGGUCUCUGUCCACCUGCCAGCUGUCUGAGCCGCUGCUGUGGUUCAUCCUGCGAGUCCUGGACACCAGCGAAGCUCUCAAGGCCUUCCAUGACAUGGGUGGCGUUCAGUUGAUCUGUAACAACAUGGUGACGAGCACCAGAGCCAUCGUGAACACGGCGCGCAGCAUGGUGUCCACCAUCAUGAAGUUCUUGGACUCUGGUCCUGGAAAAACGGUGGACGGUAACCUGAAGGCCAGGGUGAUGACCUCGGAGCCAGACAACGCUGAGGGACUCCACAACUUCGCUCCCUUAGGCACCAUCACCUCCAGCAGCCCCACAGCCCAGCCGGCAGAGGUCCUCCUCCAGGCGACCCCGCCUCACCGCCGGGCGCGCUCUGCAGCCUGGUCCUACAUCUUCCUUCCAGAGGAGGCGUGGUGUGACCUCACCAUCCACCUCCCUGCUGCUGUGCUGCUCAAAGAGGUCCACAUCCAGCCACACCUGGCUUCCUUAGCCACGUGCCCCUCCUCCGUCUCUGUGGAGAUCAGUGCAGACGGCGUCAACAUGCUGCCCCUCUCCACACCGGUCAUCACCAGCGGCCUGACCUACAUCAAGAUCCAGCUGGUGAAGGCAGAGGUAGCCUCUGCCGUCUGCCUGAGGCUCCACCGGCCUCGGGACGCCAGCACCCUGGGUUUGUCUCAAAUCAAGCUCUUGGGGCUGACGGCGUUCGGUAACACGUCCUCCGCCACAGUCAACAACCCCUUCCUGCCCUCCGAGGACCAAGUCUCAAAGACCAGCAUCGGGUGGCUGCGUCUCCUGCACCACUGCCUGACCCACGUGGGUGAUCUGGAGGCCAUGAUGGCCAGCGCCGCGGCGCCCACAGCCAACCUGCUGCAGACCUGCGCCGCACUGCUCAUGUCUCCUUACUGCGGCAUGCACUCUCCCAACAUCGAGGCUGUCCUGGUGAAAAUAGGCCUGCAGUCCACCAGGAUUGGCCUCAAACUCAUCCACAUCCUGCUGAGGAACUGCGCGGCCUCAGGCACAGAGCCUCCCAAUCUGAACAGUCCGCUGCUGUUUGGACGGCUGAACGGCCUUUCCUCCGACUCCACCAUCGACAUCCUGUACCAGCUGGGGACCACGCAGGACCCCGGAACCAAAGACCGGAUCCAGGCUCUCCUCCACUGGGUCUACGACUCGGCCAGAGUGGCCGCUCAUAAAAGGAGCGCUCCGUCGGGGUACGCUUCUUCUGGUUCCUCCUCCAGGGAAUAUGGACUGCUCAUGCCGUCCCCCUCCCAUCUGCACUGCGUGGCGGCCAUCUUGUGGCACAGCUUCGAGCUGCCUGUGGACUACGACCUUCCCGGCCUGCUCAACAGAGAGCUCUUUGAGCUGCUGUAUAACUGGUCCAUGUCGCUGCCGUGCAACCUGGUGCUGAAGAAGGCGGUGGACAGCCUGCUGUGCUCCAUGUGCCACAUCCAUCCCAGCUACUUCACCCUGCUCAUGUCCUGGAUGAAGAUCGUCUCUGGGCCCACAGCCAGCCACUCUCAGGCCCAGCAGCGCCGCCUGGCCAUGACGGACGACGGAAAAAAGCAGCACGACGCUCACGCCAACGCUGCGGGACUGACGGACGACUCCAAGCACACAAGGCCGCCGGUCAACCUGUCCGAGUCGCAGCUGACCACCCUGGCUGCCGCCUCCCAGUCCCCUGGAGCCAUAGAGCAGCUGCUGGACUCAGGCCUUCCCUCGCUGCUGGUCCGCAGCUUGGUGCAGUUCUGCGUGGGACUGUUGGUCAGCACCGACCUCCCUCUGCCCGCCGCUCAGGCCGAGAGGCGCCCCCACCAUCACCACUAUCACUCGCCGUGCUCGUCCCCGCAUGGGCGGCCGGCCCUGGCCGCGGAGCUGGCAGCGCCUGUGCUGCGCUUCCUCACCGAGGUCGGCAACAGCCACGCCAUGAAGGACUGGCUGGGCGGGCCCGAGGUCUACCCCCUGUGGACGGCUCUGCUCUUCCUGCUGUGCCACUCCAGCGCCAGCGCCGCCUCCGGUCAGCCUCUGGGCUCCGGGUCGGCUCCGUAUUCAGGGUCUCACUUCUCCCAGCCGUCUUCUGCCCAAUCAGGAGGCCUCACCACGCAGCAGAGGACGGCUCUGGAAAACGCAACCGUGGCCUUCUUCCUCCAGUGCAUCUCCUGUCACCCUAGCAACCAGCGGCUCAUGGCGCAGGUCCUCUGUGAGCUCUUCCAGUCCGCCCCUCAAAGGGCCAACGUUCCCAUCUCCAGAAACAUCUCAGGCUUCAUCCGGAGACUUUUCCUGCAGCUCAUGCUGGAGGAUGAGAAGGUCACCGUCUUCCUCCAGUCUCCUUGUCCGUUGUACAAAGGUCGCAUCAAUGCCACCAGCCACAUGAUCCAACACCCCAUGUAUGGAGCAGGCCACAAGUACCGCACCCUGCAUCUGCCCAUCUCCACCACGCUAGCAGAGGUCCUGGACCGCGUGUCUGACACUCCCAGCAUCACAGCCAAACUGAUCAGCGAGCAGAAGGAGGACAAGGAGAAGAAGAAUCAUGAGGAGAAGGAGAAGAUGAAGGCGGACAACGGCUUCCAGGAUAACUACAGCGUCGUGGUGGCCUCAGGUCUAAAGUCCCAGUCCAAACGAGCGCUCCUGACCCCUCCCCGACCCCCGUCAAGAAGGGGCCGCAUCGUGAGCGACAAGCUGGCUGCUUCGUCCGGUGUGGACCCUUCAGCCAAAACCAUCAGCGUUCCCGUCUUCCAUCUUUACCACAAGCUGCUGCCAGGUCAGCCCCUCCCCCCUGAGAUGACCCUGGCUCAGCUGCUGACUCUCCUGUAUGAGUGCAAGCUGCCGCAGGGCUACCAGUCCAUAAACCUCACCGUCAAACUGGGCUCCAAGGUUAUCUCCGACCCUGGCCUUUCAAAGACCGACUCCUUCAAGAGGCUCCGCACCGAGAAAGUGGACCACUGUGACAUGCUCAGCAGCUGUCCUGAAGACGAACCCAUGAUGGCCGGCGACGAAUGUCUGGACGCUGCGACAGACGAGUCCCUGCUGGAGACCAGCCCCAUCCAGUCACCGCUGCAGGUCUUCGCUGGGAUGGGGGGGCUGGCCCUGAUUGCAGAGAGGCUGCCAAUGCUCUACCCGGAUGUCAUCCAGCAGGUAAGCGCUCCAUUGAUCCCAGCGUCCACCCAGGAGAAACCCAAGGACAGCGACCAGUUUGAGUGGGUGACCAUCGAGCAGUCGGGCGAGCUGGUGUACGAAGCCCCGGAGUCUGUCGCUGCAGAGCCGCCUCCCGUUAACAAGCAGCAGUCUCAGUCGUCCUCCUCUUCAUCCUCCUCCUCUGUUCAGUCCAUGUCCCCCAUCCCCGCCCACUCGCUGGCAGCAUUCGGCUUGUUCCUGCGCCUCCCGGGGUACGCCGAGGUGCUGCUCAAGGAGAGGAAGCACGCACAGUGUCUGCUGCGCCUGGUGCUGGGCGUCACCGACGACGGAGAAGGCAGUCACAUCCUGCAGUCUCCUUCUGCUAACGUCUUGCCCACGCUGCCGUUCCAUGUCCUUCGAGCUCUGUUCAGCAGCACGCCUUUGACCACUGAUGAUGGAGUGCUGCUGCGCCGCAUGGCGCUGGAGAUUGGCGCCAUCCACCUGAUCCUGGCCUGUUUAUCAGCUCUCAGCCACCACGCUCCCCGUAACCCCAACACCAACGGCAGCGCCUCUGAGACGCAGUUGUCCAGUGGUCACAGCGGUGGGACCAGCGAGGAGCAGCAACUCUACUGGGCUAAAGGAACCGGCUUUGGUACUGGAUCUACAGCGUCAGGCUGGGAUGUGGAACAGGCCCUCACCAAGCAGCGACUGGAGGAAGAACAUGUCACCUGUUUACUUCAGGUCUUGGCCAGCUACAUCAACCCAGCGGGUUCCAGCUGCUGUCUGAGCUCCGAGGCCUCAGCAGACAGCAGAUCCCCCAACAGCUCUGCCCUGCCGGCCGUGCUGCACGAGCUGCUGAGCCAGUCCUGCCUCAUCCCUGCCAUGUCCUCCUACUUACGCAAUGACUCGGUUCUGGAUAUGGCCCGCCAUGUUCCGCUGUACAGAGCGCUGCUGGAGCUGCUCAGGGCCAUCUCCACCUACACCGCGUUGGUUCCACUGCUGCUGCCAUUGUCUGGGGACCACGGACGAGACGAGGAGGAAGACGACGAAGAGCAUUCGGAGGGGCAGACUUCUGUCGGCCUGCUGCUGGCCAAGAUGAAGACCUGUGUAGACACGUACACCAACCGCCUCAGGUCAAAAAAGGAUAAGAGCAAAGGUGUGGUGAAACCCGAGGGGUCAGACCCAGAACCUGAGGGUUUGACCCUGCUGGUUCCCGACAUCCAGAGGACGGCGGAGAUCGUCCAUGCAGCAACGACGAGCCUGCGGCAGGCCAAUCAGGAGAGGAAGCUGGUGGAGUCUUCAAAGAAGACGUCAAGCAGGCCAAAGCCGCUGUCUGUGCUCCGCUCCUUAGAGGAGAAAUACGUCGCUGCCAUGAAGAAACUACAGUUUGACACCUUUGAAAUGGUUUCAGAAGAUGAAGAAGGGAAGCUGAUGUUCAAGGUCAACUACCACUACAUGUCUCAGGUGAAGAACGCCAGUGAUACAAACAGCGCAGCAAGGUCCCGCCGCCUGGCCCAGGAGGCCGUCACCCUGUCCACGUCUCUCCCUCUGUCGUCCUCUUCCAGCGUCUUUGUCCGCUGCGACGAGGAGAGGCUCGACAUCAUGAAGGUUCUGAUCACAGGCCCGUCCGACACCCCGUACGCCAACGGCUGCUUCGAAUUCGACGUGUAUUUUCCCCAGGAUUAUCCCAACUCCCCUCCGCUGGUCAAUCUGGAGACGACGGGGGGACACAGCGUGCGUUUCAAUCCAAACCUCUACAACGAUGGCAAGGUGUGUCUAAGCAUCCUCAACACCUGGCAUGGUAGACCAGAAGAGAAGUGGAACCCACAGACCUCAAGCUUUUUACAGGUGCUAGUUUCUGUGCAGUCCCUCAUCUUAGUGGCUGAGCCCUACUUUAACGAGCCUGGGUACGAGCGUUCCCGCGGGACCCCCAGCGGCACCCAGAGUUCCCGGGAGUAUGACGGCAACAUCAGGCAGGCCACAGUAAAAUGGGCCAUGCUGGAACAGAUCCGCAACCCGUCGCCGUGCUUCAAAGAGGUAAUCCACAAGCAUUUCUACCUGAAGAGGGUGGAGAUCAUGUCUCAGUGCGAGGAGUGGAUCGCUGACAUCCAGCAGUACAGCAAUGACAAGAGGGUGGGCCGCACCAUGUCGCAUCACGCCGCCGCUCUGAAGAGACACACGGCUCAGCUCAGAGAGGAGCUCCUGAAGCUGCCCUGCCCCGACGGCCUGGAGCCCGACGGAGACGAGUUCUCCGAGAAGAGCGCCGCCCUCCUCCUCAAAGACCUGUCCGGCCAGGAUGCAGAGAAGGCCGCCGGCAGUCAGGACGGCCACUGCAGCGAAGGCCAGUUCUGAGCCGUUUCCCAGCACCUUCCCCCCCGAUCCUUAAAGACUUCACGGCUUCAGAGGGCAAAGCCAUCACUGUCAAUAUUUGUAUGUAAAGAUCUAAUUACAGAGCAGUAGUGAAGGAGGGGAGCUAAGCCCUCAUCCAAGAAUUAAGAGAAACUUUUAUCCACCUGUAAAAGACUGUAAACAUUUUGUGCUUUUUUCCAAUUGUGAAAUAACCACUGAUUGGUAUGUUAUUAAACUUGUUUAUGUAUACAUAACUGCAGAGGAAAGAUGACAGAUUAUAUAAGGGAAGCUACCUUCAGAGGUUUACUGAAUGUUAAGCCCUUUUUUUUUUUUUCUUUGAAACGGUGAUGGUUGUAACCCAGGAUAUAUUAUUUAAGAGAAGAAAACACACAUAGGUAACCGAAGCCUCUCCACCUUUGAUUUGACUCGGAUCGCAUCGCUUCAGUAACAUUUUUUAAAUCAUCUGAUCCCUUUUUACAGGCUCCAAAUUAAAAGGCUAAACCAACCUCUGAAUCAAACUGUUCCACCUCUGCUUUCCUUACACGGCAGGCCUCAUUUCAGGGCUCCUGCAUGCGUCUGUGUUCCCUGUGCGUGUGCAGCAAUCCCCCCGCAAAGUCAGAUUAAAAGCUUUGAUGUGCCUUUGAUCCACACCGGACCACCAGAAAUGCCGUUUCUAUGGAUUCGUAUGGCUGAAGGAGAGCGUCUCGAUCUGAUUUCCUGUUGACGGCGGCGGGACAUGAGGAGAGAUGCUCUUUCUAUUUGACUCCCUCCUUAUUUUAGUCAUAUCUUCCUUUUCUAGAACAUUAAACGGACCUUGAACCUA